AUGUCUUCUUACGGCGCUUCCACGCGCUCCCUUCAUGCCGAUGAUGCCCUGAACAUCGUGACCGAUGUCGCCCCUCCCCUACAUCUCUCUACCACAUUUCGUUACUCCAAUGAUCCUUCCAAGCUAGUCGCGGCCGCCGAUGCAACUUCCGCCCCUGAUCCCACCUCUCACGUUUACUCGCGCAUGUCCGCGCCCAAUCCCACCCGCUUUGAAUUGAUCCUCUCCUCCCUGCUCAAUGGUCAAGCCGUAAGCUACUCCUCGGGCCUCUCAGCCCUCCACGGAGCUUUGACGCUCCUCAACCCGCGCAAUAUUUCCGUCGGCGAUGGCUACCACGGUUGUCACGGAGUCAUUGCUCUCUUCACCCGCAAUAAUGGCCUGAAGAAGCUUCCACUCGAUUGCCCCGCCGAGUCUCUCGGGGAAGGCGACGUCAUCCUCCUGGAAACACCCGUCAACCCCCUCGGAACGGCCUUCGAUAUAGCAUCCUACGCUGCAAAGGCCCACUCUCGCGGUGCUAUCCUUAUCGUAGACUCUACUUUCGCCCCACCUGGUCUCCAAGAGCCCUUCGACUUUGGCGCCGAUAUCAUCAUGCAUUCUGGUACGAAGUAUUUCGGUGGCCACUCCGAUCUGCUCUCCGGUGUACUGGUAACCAAGAACGAGCAGUGGGCCGCACAGCUCAAGACCGACCGUCUAUUCAUUGGGUCCGUGAUGGGCAAUAUGGAAUCCUGGCUCGGUGUCCGCAGUCUUCGAACCCUCGAAGUGCGCGUCCAGCGCCAGAGCGAUAACGCUACUAAGCUGGUAUCUUGGCUGGACGCUUCCCUACAUGCGCCCAACCCAGUCCCGGGCUCAGUUGAGGCGGCGGUGCAGGCGGUUCUUCGGGAUGUGGUUCACGCCUCAUUGCAGGACGGCGGGGAAUGGCUGAAGAAGCAGAUGCCGAAUGGGUUUGGGCCUGUUUUCGCAAUCAAUAUGAAGGAAGAACAGUUCGCAAAGAAACUGCCCAGUUUGCUGCAUUUCUUCCAGCACGCUACUAGUCUGGGUGGUGUGGAGACGCUCAUUGAGUGGAGGGCCAUGUCGGAUAGUACGGUUGAUCGGAGGUUGCUGAGGAUCAGUGUGGGCUUGGAGAACUGGGAAGACCUGAAGAGUGAUUUGGCGAGCGCAUUUCAAGAGCUUGCCAAGUAA